AUGCAGCUGGAACUUCAACGCAGUCCAAUGCAGAGUGAUGGAAUUGACAGGUUUCGAAUGCAGUCACUGCCACAGGUGGACGAUUUCGAGCAUUUCACAGAGAACGUUGCCAUGGACUACAAGUUCAAUUUGUAUGGUGCUGAUUUGACAAAGAAAUCCAAUUUCAAACGACGUUUUUGUGUUCAGUCUGCAGGUGUUACAAUUGCAGGGAUCACAGGAAAGGACGUGCUGAAAGACAUGAGACAGAUUCAAGUCGACUUCAAGAUCGAGUUGACAAGGUCAGUGAAAGCAAUUUUCAAAGAUUGGUCUGAGCACAUGGAGCUCUAUCGCAGUUUGCUCACGUUUCCUUGGCAGAUUGAGGGUGUGCUUGGUAAUCGAGUGAAGCCUGUCUCCAAGUUUUAUCUUGGUGUUCCAGGCAUCAUACCUGGAAUUGACGAUGAGGCAGCCCCAGAUCCUGAUGAACUUGAUGAGGUUGAUGCUACAGCAGGCACUGGUUCAGCAGUCUUGCAAGAUGGUGAUGGAACAGAGCUGCAAACUUUUCCAGUUACACCUUUGAUUCCUUUGGCUCCACGCACACCCAUGCCAGAACCAACACAAGAGGUUCAGGCACCAAGGAGGACACCACCUCCACCUACAGCAGUGGUUUCAGCGCCAGUUGAGGGUGCUGAGCAGGAGCAAACUUUCAAUGGUGUGAAAUUCCAUGUUUUCCUUGCUGCUUGCAAUGAGCGUUCUUUACAACUGCAGUCCAGUGAGAACAAUGAGAUUGCAGAGCAGGCAGAAACAAUCUAUGAAGUGAUCAUGGAUUGCUUUUACAGCAGUGAGGAUGAUGGAGUGAAACAAUCCACCAUCGACAGUGCAAUGUUUGCAUACGAGCGUUUGCAAAACUUGGACCCAACGUUUGUGGUGGACUUCAGUGCGUUGGAGAUUGAGAACUUCAACACUGGAAUCCUUGCAGAACCUGAUGUGGAAGACAUGCUUCCACCUGACAUGGAUGAUGAAUAUAUGAGGAUUGAGUUGCCAAACCCAUAUGAGCAAUACAGUCCAGAGGAUAUGGGUCUUUGGAUGAUCAGUCGCUUGAGCAAGCGCAUCAAGCAAUGCAUUGGAGCAGGUGACACCGAACGUUGUCGUCGCAAUGCAGAAAGACGGGCGAUCAUGGUGGGCGUCUUGAAAGUCUGCAAACGCGAUCCAAGUCAGCGUCACAGAGCAAUGUUCAUGAUGCAAACCAUGGACGACAUAUCGAAGGGGGAGGGGGGCCAUAGUGCAGAUGAGUUUGCGCGUUUGCAGUCAAAGGAGCUGAUGAAAAACCACAUCAAGGUUGUCUCUCGUGCGUUGACAGAUGAAACUGGAAUGGAUGAAACAUACCAAAGGAAACAAGCUGGUGUGAAUGCUUUGGCCAAGCAAGUCCUGAGAGUUCUUUCAGUGUUCAGCUUGGUCAACAUGACAGAAGGACUUCAAGUUUCGAGCUCAGCGUUUUCCUUUGAGUUUUGCGGUGAUGUCUACAUGUCUCCAAUUUCAGUUGCCAUGUCAUUUGCGUGGAUGAUUUCAUGGAUGUGCCAGAUGAAAUUUGCACUUGCAGUGAUGCUACUUUUCAGCUGCAUCAACGUCGCAGCUGGGAGUGGAGAAGGAACCAGCAGCCAAGCCUUGAGCCUAGGUUUGAGCCCAAUGGUUUACAUGUGCGUUUUCAUCGGAGUGAUUUGCUUUGCAGUUUCCAGAGUUGCAAGGCAUUUUGAAGGCAGAUCAGAUAGCGAUGAAAGUGAAACACUUUUGCAAGAGCCAGACGCUGAAACAGAACCAAAUGAGGAGCAAACUUUCAAUGGUGUGAAAUUCCAUGUUUUCCUUGCUGCUUGCAAUGAGCGUUCUUUACAACUGCAGUCCAGUGAGAACAAUGAGAUUGCAGAGCAGGCAGAAACAAUCUAUGAAGUGAUCAUGGAUUGCUUUUACAGCAGUGAGGAUGAUGGAGUGAAACAAUCCACCAUCGACAGUGCAAUGUUUGCAUACGAGCGUUUGCAAAACUUGGACCCAACGUUUGUGGUGGACUUCAGUGCGUUGGAGAUUGAGAACUUCAACACUGGAAUCCUUGCAGAACCUGAUGUGGAAGACAUGCUUCCACCUGACAUGGAUGAUGAAUAUAUGAGGAUUGAGUUGCCAAACCCAUAUGAGCAAUACAGUCCAGAGGAUAUGGGUCUUUGGAUGAUCAGUCGCUUGAGCAAGCGCAUCAAGCAAUGCAUUGGAGCAGGUGACACCGAACGUUGUCGUCGCAAUGCAGAAAGACGGGCGAUCAUGGUGGGCGUCUUGAAAGUCUGCAAACGCGAUCCAAGUCAGCGUCACAGAGCAAUGUUCAUGAUGCAAACCAUGGACGACAUAUCGCCUGGACAAAGCGAGUCAGAAGGCGAAAACACAGAGAGCACAAAUGACUGA